AUGGUCUGUGUUUUUACUGCUGUGACCAUCCCCCAGUCUCAGCUGCAGCAGUGGAUCAAAGGCAACGUCACCAACUGCCCACGUUCCAUGUUCAUCUUUGACGAGAUGGACAAGAUGCACCCUGGCCUGAUCGACUGUAUAAAGCCCUACUUGGAUUACUACGAAAAUCUGGACGGGGUCUCGUACCGCCAAGCCAUCUUCAUCUUCCUCAGCAACGCUGGAGGAGAGCAAAUCAAUAAGGUGGCCCUGGACUUCUGGAAAGCAGGUCAAGACAGAGAGGAGAUGAAAUUGCAUGACUUAGAACCAGCUCUCUCCCUGUCCGUGUUCAACAACAAGAGUGGGUUGUGGCACACCAGUCUCAUAGACAAGAACCUAGUUGACUUCUUUGUCCCCUUCCUGCCUCUGGAGUACAGACAGGUGCUGCUGUGUGGCAUGGCAGAGAUGUCCGCCAAGGGCCUGGAGCCCAACCAGGACGUGGUCGACCAGAUGGCCAGAGACUUGGUCUAUUUCCCAAAGAGCGAGAGGAUCUUCUCCGUCAAUGGCUGCAAGACCAUCAACAGAAGGCUAAAUUACUACACAUAGUGCGUGUUUGAAGCCAACUACGUUGCUGCCGGCGGCUGCAGACUGACUGAUCUAAUCAUAAUGAGUGGUAAUUUAGGAUGAAAGGUGGUUUGUAGGUCUGAUCAGUCGGUCUGCAGUUGCUGACGGUAAUGUAGACGAUCUCAGAGGGAACAGCUACUGUAUCUAUCUACCUCUUACUCUACUGUGUGCUAUUUCUUAAUGAGAACAUCUCCGCCAGUUGGAGUGAGGAAGUCCGUGACUGAUGACCCGCCCCUCAGGCU